GCAUCAGAUAAGGUAGCCGUCUCCUCUGAAUAACAGCCCAGGGGCUCCUCUACUACUGUCAGAGACUUGCAGAGAAGCAGGGGAAAAGAUGGUGAAGCUUGCAUUUGGAAGCUUGGGCGACUCUUUCAGCGCGGCGUCCCUCAGGGCCUAUGUCGCCGAGUUCAUUGCCACGCUCCUCUUCGUGUUCGCUGGCGUCGGCUCCGCCAUUGCCUACUCGCAACUGACAAAGGGCGGCGCGCUCGACCCUGCCGGCCUGGUGGCCAUCGCCAUCGCCCAUGCGUUCGCGCUCUUCGUCGGUGUCUCCAUGGCCGCGAACAUCUCCGGCGGGCACCUGAACCCCGCCGUCACCUUCGGCCUCGCCGUCGGCGGCCACAUCACCAUCCUCACCGGCAUCUUCUACUGGGUCGCCCAGCUGCUCGGCGCCUCCGUGGCGUGCCUUCUCCUGCAGUUCGUCACCCACGGAAAGGCCAUCCCGACGCACGGCGUCUCCGGCAUCAGCGAGAUCGAGGGCGUGGUGAUGGAGAUCGUGAUCACCUUCGCGCUGGUGUACACCGUGUACGCCACCGCGGCCGACCCGAAGAAGGGCUCCCUUGGCACCAUCGCUCCCAUGGCCAUCGGCUUCAUCGUGGGCGCCAACAUCCUGGCCGCGGGCCCCUUCAGCGGCGGCUCCAUGAACCCGGCCCGCUCCUUCGGCCCCGCCGUGGCGGCCGGCAACUUCGCCGGCAACUGGGUCUACUGGGUCGGCCCGCUCAUCGGCGGCGGCCUCGCCGGGCUCGUCUACGGCGACGUGUUCAUCGCCUCCUACCAGCCCGUCGGCCAGCAGGAGUACCCAUGAGCAGCACGGAUCCCGGGCCCGCCAUCCAUCGUCGUCGUCGUCGUCACCUCGCCUCGUCUUGUGAUUAUGUUCUGUCUCCUUUGCAUUUCCCUUUUGGAUUUCACCAACGACGGUGCAUGUCAACAAGUUGUAUGAGAACCGUUC